GAACAGCCAGCUCCCUGCCAGGAGUCAAAAAACGAAAGCACUUCGGCUGAGACUAAGAUUCAAGUCAGGACUCCGAGGAGACAGAGUGUGCCAGCUCGCCAGCUCUGGAACCUGGGAGGCUGGGGAGAGAUUCUGGCCCCUCCUGCCCAACCACUGGGGACUGAGUGGGAGCACAGAUGAGGUAUCUGCCCCCCCCUUGGGGGGGGCAGGACAGGGCCUAGGGCCUGGGUGCCACCUGGCACCUGGAAGAUGCCUGUGCCUUGGUUCCUGCUGUCCUUGGCACUGGGCCCAAGCCCCAUGGUCCUCUCUCUGGAGAGGCUUAUGGGGCCUCAGGAUACUGCUAACUGCUCUCUGGGCCUCUCCUGCCACCUGUGGGAUGGUGACGUACUCUGCUUGCCUGGGAAUAUCGAGCCUGCCCCAGGACCUGUGCUGGUGCCCACACACCUACAGACAGAGCUGGUGCUGAGGUGUCAUCAGGAGACCGACUGCAACCUCUGUGUGCGUGUGACCGUCCACUUGGCUGUGCGUGGCCACUGGGAAGAGCCUGAAGAUGAGGAGCAAUUUGGAAGAGCAGCUGACCCAGAGCUUGAAGAGCCUAAGAAUGCCUCUCUCCAGGCCCAAGUCGUGCUCUCCUUCCAGGCCUACCCUACUGCCCGCUGUGUCCUGCUGGAGGUGCAAGUGCCCGCUGCUCUCGUGCAGCUUGGUCAGUCUGUGGGCUCUGUAACAUUUGACUGCUUCGAGGCUGCUCUAGGAGCUGAGGUGCAAAUCUGGUCCUACACUCAGCCCAGGUACCAGAAGGAACUCAAUUUCAUACAGCAGCUGCCUGAUUGCAGGGAGCUCGAAGUCCAGGACAGCAUCCAGAGCUGCUGGGCCCUGCCCUGGCUCAACGUGUCUGCAGAUGGUGAGGAUGUGCACCUGGUGCUGGAUGUCUCUGAGGAACAGCACUUUGGCCUCUCCCUGUACUGGAACCAGGUCCAGGGCCCUACAAAACCCUGGUGGCACAGAAACCUGACUGGGCCGCAGACCAUUACCUUGAACCACACAGACGUAGUUCCCUGUCUCUGUAUUCAGGUGUGGCCUCUGGAACCGGACUCCGUGAGAACGAGCAUCUGCCCAUUUAAGAAUGAUACCCGCGCACACCGUAACCUCUGGGCCCCACUGUGCUGGCAGGCACCGGGCAGGGGCUCCUGCCAGCCGCUGGUCCCACCGCUGCCCCAGGAAAAUGUCACUGUGAACGAAGCCCUGGAGUUCCCUUUGCUGGAAGGCCACCCCAACCUCUGUGUCCAGGUGAGCAGUGGGGAGAAGCUGCAGCUGCAAGAGUGCUUGUGGUCUGACUCUCUGGGGCCCCUCAAGGAUGAUACGCUGCUGGUGGAGACACGAGGCCCCCAGGACAACAGAUCAAUCUGUGCCUUGGAACCCAGUGGUUGCACCCCACUGCACAGCAGGGCCUCCACGAGGGCAGCUCGCCUUGGAGAGCAGUUACUACAAGACCUGCAGUCAGGACAGUGUCUGCAGCUGUGGGAUAAUGACCUGGGAGCACUAUGGGCCUGCCCCAUGGACAAGUAUAUCCACCAGCGCUGGGCCCUGGUGUGGCUGGCCUGCCUACUCUUUGCUGCUGUGCUUUUCCUUCUCCUCCUCCUCAAAAAGGACCAUGUGAAAGGGUGGCUGAGGCUCCUGAAGGAGGAUGUCUACUCGGGGGGUGAGUGUGAGCAAGCGCCCGGCGGGGGGGCCGCCCCCAGCGGGCCGGGCCUCAGGCCAUCUCACAUCUUCCUUCCCCCUCUGUUUUCUCUCGCAGCGGCUGAGCUGAGCGCGCAGGGGUCCUUGGCCUGGUUCCACGCACAGCGGCUCCAGAUCCUGCAGGAGGGCGGCAUGGUGAUCUUGCUCUUCUCGCCCGGGGCCGUGGCGCUGUGCCAGGAGUGGCUGUGGCUCUCGAACAGGGCGGAGCGAGUGUCUCGAGCCCUUCAGCCCGCCCUGGACAGCUGCCUCCUGCCCCCGGGGGCCCAGGAGACAGGACUCGAGAUGGCACCCGAGGCGGGGGACAGGACUUGAAUAAAGGCAGACGCUAUUUUUCUAUCCAA